AUGGCUUCAUUCGCCGUUACGGCCUACGCCGCCUUAUCGCAGACACCCAAAGUUGAAGAUGCGUUAUCCGGCAUCUUUGGCAGCAUCAGCUUGACCGCCUGGAUCUGCCUUCUGCUUCCCCAGCUUAUCGCCAACUACAAGGCGCAAAGCGCAGAUGGCCUCUCCAUGGCCUUCCUCAUCGUCUGGCUCCUCGGUGACGUGACGAACCUGCUAGGCGCCCUCUUCACCCACCUCGCGCCCACAGCAGUCGCCCUCGCCUCCUACUUCUGCGUCGCCGACCUCGUUCUCAUCUCGCAAUGCGUCUACUACAACACCAAGAACGCCCGCCGCGCCUCCCGCCGCCGCUCCUCCGCCCACGUCACUGCGACCGGCGCGGAGCCCACCGAAGACGAGCCGCUCCUCGCGCGCCGACGCUCCUCCUCCGCGGGCCUGCCCGGCUCCCACCGCCGCCACGCCGUGCACAACGAGAGCUCACUCGACCCCCUCCGCAAGAUGGUCACCGGCGAGGACGAGACCCCCGACAGCAACCCGUGGCUGCACAACACGCUGAGCAUCUUCGCCGUGUACCUCGUCGGCGCGUUGGGCUGGUUCGUCAGCUACAAGGCCGGCGCGUGGAACUCGCCUGACAUUGACGUCGGCGCGCCCGAGGAGGUUAAGGGCACCAUGGAGAAGGUCGGCUUGUUUCUGGGAUACGUCUCCGCCGUGUGCUACCUGUGCGCGCGCAUCCCGCAGAUCAUCAAGAACUGGCAGGAGAAGUCUUGCGAAGGUCUCGCGCUGCUCUUCUUCCUCCUCUCCCUCACCGGAAACUUCACCUACGGCGCCAGCCUGCUCGCCUUCAAGCAGGACAAGGACUACCUCCUCAACGCGCUCCCCUGGCUCCUGGGGUCGUUCGGCACCAUCGCCGAAGACUGCAUCAUCUUUGUGCAGUUCCACCUCUACUCGGGGCGCCGCGAGGCCAAGGACGGAGACCAGGCGUGA